AUGACCAGAAGGGAUGCUAAGGAAAGAAAGGAGGCGACAUAUGAGAGGGCCAUGAGGCUCUUCAAAACCUACAACAAGUUCGCUCUUGUGGGGAUUGAAAAUGUGGUGUCUACUCAGCUGAAGGAUAUCAAAAGACAGUGGGGAAGCGAUGUAGAGUUUUUGAUGGGAAAGAACAGUGCGAUUAAGCGAGCAAUGGCCGACCUGGGGAAGCCUGAGAUUACGGACAUCCUUGAGCUUAUCAAGGGAGAUGUCUGCUUUGUGUUCUUCAAGGGGGAUGUCAGGGAUAUCAAGAAGGCCAUUGACGAAAACGUGAGAGAGGCAUGUGCUAAGGUCGGAAAUGUUGCGCAGAAGGAUGUGUGGGUAGACAACUGCAUCACCGGAAUGACUCCAGACAAGACAUCAUACUUCCAGGUUCUUGGAAUAGCAACGAAGAUCACAAAGGGUAAGGUCGAGAUCAUCUCUCCAUACAAGGUUCUCUCUGAAGGAGACAGGGUUGGGCCUUCCCAGGCUAACCUUCUUGGGAUGCUGAACAUCAAGCCAUUUAGCUACAAGAUGACCAUGCACAAGGUCUACGAGAAUGGCGUGAUCUACGACUCGUCUCUUAUUGAUGUUGAGAAGGAGGAUAUUCUCUCAACUCUGAGAAGCGCAAUAAGCAGCAUAGCAGCAAUAAGCCUUGGGGCCGAUGUCGUUACACAGGCAAGCAUGCCUUACAACAUCAGAAACACGUUCAAGGACAUCCUCGAGAUCUCCUUGGGUGCUGAUUUCAUGAUCAAGGAGUAUUCCAUGGUUACGGCUAAUUAA